UGGAGAACGUCACAUGACGUGGUGAUGUCACCCAAGAGGCCGGUCACAUGACCUCCGUGUCUUCUCCGGCCUUCUUGUGCACGCUGUAGAAUGGAUGAGUCUUUGGUGUCCGCGGACGGGAAGAAUUCUCGGGCUGUGUUGUGUCAGCGGUGCGGCUGCCGGGUCUUGGCGGAGGGAAUGGCCACCCUGGCGAAGAGAGAGUUACUUCUACCCCUAAUGAAGAAGAAAUCCUCCUUGGCUGGAGAUUCCAGUCCCGAUUGUGAGCUGCUUGUUGAGCACUGGCUGGUACAUGACAUGUUCACUUUUGAGAAUGUGGGAUUCACCAAAGACGUGGGAAGUGUAAAGUUCCUAGUAUGUGCGGACUGUGAAGUGGGACCCAUCGGUUGGCACAGUUUGGAGGAGAAGAGCAACUUUUAUGUAGCACUGGAACGUGUUCGACAUGAGUGAGAGACAACCACUGCUCAUAAGGGAGCUUGCCAGGAUAAAAACUGAAAUUUAUAGCAUAAAAUAUCUGAUGAGUUACAGAGGGGCUGCUAUACAUCAGUGCCAUGUUUGUUUUAAAAUACUGUUUACAAAGUCCAAAGUGUCUUUUCAAAGUGAUGUUACAUGGUUGUCUUAGUGUUUUGAUUACUGUAUUCGAAGGAUAAAAAGGAACCUCUCCAACCUGC